AUGUGGAGCCGUUUACCUCAAGAAUUACUAAUCAAAGUAUUUGGCUACAUUGACUUAAAAUCACAACUAGCAGAAUGUCGAUUGGUCUGUAAAUGCUGGUACUCUCAAGCAGACGCUACCCUACUUGGACAACACAUUGUUUUGGAGAAUGAUGGUGAUGUGUUGCAGCUGUGCAAGUUUUUGAAUGGAGACCCAGCAAGGGGUGGUUUGUUCAAGCAUUUGAUGCUUCUCGGAGCACACUUUCACGUUUACUUGAUGAGCCAACUAGUGCAUUUGGUCUUUACAUCUACAUUGGAGAAAUUUGAAGGAAGACUGGAAGGCUGCGGGUCACAUGUCUUGCUUGAAAUCAAUUCCAAUGCGUUCAGUGAUACAUCUGGCUUUGAUAGAUUGACAAUAUUGCCAACACCUCAAGAGUUUACGCUCAUGUACUUUAUCACACUUUUGAAAUUCAAACGAAGCUUGCAAUCAAUGGCUCUCUAUCUUACUGACCUGAAUCACAGGCUUGAACAACAAUACAUUAUGAAACAUUUGCCAGACUUCAAGGCCCUUGUCGUGCUUGAUUUGAAGAUCAAAAUCAAUAAUCUUGAGAUAGAGCUCGAUACAGAAUGCGCCUUUAUCAUGUCUGAAAAGCGACUUUUAGAAUGGACAACAAGCAGUAUAGUAGUUGCGGAGAGUCUCAACAUCUUGGAGGUCAGAGGAUGCUCCUUUGGCGAUGUUUUCGAGUACCUUUGCUACAAAUAUCCCAACGUACAUACUAUCAAACUGGACAUUUCAGAAUACACGACACCUUCGCUAUUAUUUCCAGCUUACAAUAUGACAGAAGAGCAAAUCACCAUUCAGUCAACGCGCAUAUCUAAACAACUCAUCAACAAAUUCUCUCGUGCAGGAAUUCACCUCGCUUUACCUCUACCUGAGACUGACAGUAUGAAGCUUGAACGGCUAGCUCUUGUUUUAUAUCAUAUCGAUGGCACUCAACAACUCAAGUAUGAUGCAAAACAAAAGCUCAUUAUUUGUGUCGGCCUAGCAGAGGAAUCUGCGUGA